UUAAAUUCUCGUAGUUAAUCAGGAAAUGAUGUAACUGAAAUUUAAAUAUUUAUUAUUAUUAUUUAUUAUUUUAUGAUCAUGUUCUAUCGAAUUCUAGGUUCAGUAUGUCUUUUUUUGAGAAAAAAUUGACGAAUUAAGAUGUGAGUCGUGGAUCGUUGACUGUUCCUAAGAGUUGUGUAGAGACAUUAUUUCCUCAUUUGGAUUACCCCAAUGGUAUCCAUUAUGAGAGUUUAAUAGUUAGGGAUGUUGAUGGAAAUAGUUGUCCAUUUAAUCAUGUCGAUAGGGGGAAUGGGAUACAUGUUUUGGUAACUGCAUGGACUGAUUUCGUGAAGAGUAAGAGGCUUGUUGCAAGAGAUUUUCUAGAAUUUUCGAAAACAGAGAAUGGUGAAAUUUUUGUAGGAAUCAGACAAGCGAAUAGAGAGUGAACUGAUGGUCUAAUUGCUAAUGAUGGCCCCAUGGAUGGAUUGGCUUCGGGUUCAAAAGUAAAUGAAGCUGAACAGAAAGAAAUGGAAUUAGCGUUUAAACUGUUCGGGCAACUAAUCUAUAAUAACAAGCAGAUUGUGGCAGAAAAUGCAACAAAGAAGAUCCAUAAUGGUUGCAAAGUCCUUUUAGAUACUGGAAAAACUGUUGAUGUUUCUGCUUUUAAGACUCUUAAUGAGCUUUUUGAAAAAUUGGUAAACUUGUUAGGACUUGAUGCAAUUCACAAUGCAACAAGUAUCUUGUAUGAGGAUUCCCAUGGUACUGUCAAACGCAUCGGAGAUGAAUUGUUCAGUGAUUUUGCUACAUCAGCUAGAAACUUAAGAAUCCCCCUAAAUGAAUGUGAUCUUUCUGUUGAAAGAAAGAGUUGAAUACCAAGGUGCAGACUCCUGAACAUCAAACUGGAGAAAGUGAUGAUGAUAUGCCUCCACUGAUAGAUGUGUCAGAACUUCAAUGUUAAGAGGUAAAAGACUGUUUCCUUUCGUUUCCUUUGAUUUUAUUAUUAUAAAGACUGUUUACUUUCCUUUUUUUCUACUGAUACACGGGUUGGCCUGUUUCAAUAUGUAUUCGAUCAAAUUCUCGCUUGUUCUUUAGACAAAAAUUUACUUCCAGAGAUCAACACGAAUGAAUCUUUCGUCACCUCACCUAGGAAUCAAAAAUCAAAAGCUGUUCUUUUGACUUCUCUAAUCCCGGGUUAUUCUGAGAAAUGUAUUGGGAAUAUGCAACAGUAAUGGGGAAGUGAUUCAAGUUUCUCAACCGAGCCACAAAGGGCAUCAACAAACUGAAAAGAAAGUGCAUCACAGGAAAAGCAUGGGCAGAAAUGUACUUACGGAGUUUGACCGAUAAUCUAAUCACUAGUUCAUGGUCAUCAUUCAGUUAUGUUGCUCAAAGUCAUGGAGGUUUGAACCCAAGGAUCUUGUACAAACCUGAGAAUGAAACUACCUUGGAUCCGGCCUGCACAGGGGCUACGUCAAUUGAGCAUUGUUUCCAUGCUCCACCCUUUUUCGAUUGUAAAAAGAGAACCGGGAUUGAUAGUGGUGCAGUAGUCCCCCAUAUUCAUUGUUCAACACUGUGAAGACAUGUGUUGGGGUCUGAAACUAGAUAAUCCAACUGCUGAAAGAAUUGCUUAAAGCCACCUUUUUGUAGUUUUUUUUCCCCACAAAUCUUUGUUGAUGCAUGUCUUUGUAGUUAUGAGAAUACAUUUACAGGUUGUUGAUUUAACUUUAUUCUUAAUAUAGCUAGAACUGUAGUUUUUGGUACAAUGUGCUAAAAAGCAUAGCAUCAUUA